UCUGGGGUAUAAAAGCAGUUGCGCUUCUGGGAGAAGUCAUGUUCAGAGUAUCUGUCGAGAUGAAGAUCUUCGCUGUUCUAUUUGCCGUGCUGGUCGUGGUCGUGAUGACUGCCAUUCCCGUCUUCGGAAAUGUGCUCCCUCAGUGUCCUCCCACCGAUGACGUAGCCCAAGGCGGUAGCUACCCAAUCACGGAAUUGAUGCGAAAUGGUCGAAGGCCACCUACUUACAAUACCGGAAGGAAUGGAAAGUAGAUUCGGGACGAAAAGCUUUGGAGUGGAAAUAAAAUGACAACUCUCUGACACCUUUAAAA